CUUAACAUCGCAGUGCAGUACCGGGGGAAGCUUUGCAUCGUUGGGACUGUCAGUCAGUCGUGUGAGUUUUCUCCAGGGGACCUGGUGUGGGCUAAGCUGGAAGGCUACCCGUGGUGGCCGAGCCUCGUGUACGACCACCCGACCACAGAUGAGUUCCUGCGGGGCAAAGGGAAAUCCCUCCGUGUCCACGUCCAGUUCUUCGAUGAUCCUCCAACAAGGGGUUGGGUGAGCGUCAAGUAUAUCAAGCUGUAUGCAGGGUCUGACUGUAAAGAGGCACAGAGGGGCGGCCUCUACUUCAGUGGGAAGCCUGAAAUCCGCAGAGCCAUGGAAAUGGCAGACAAUGCCAUUCAGCAGCCAAAGGAAAAACGCCUGGAGCUGGCUGUGUGCACGGAGCCAUCUGAGCCAGAGAGCGGGGCAGAGGAGGAAGAGGAAGAAAUGGAGUUGGAUGGCGUCUCCUCUGGCAGCGAAGACGACAAAGAGAACAACAGCGAGGAUGAAGCCAAAGGCAGGAAGCGACCGGGAAGAGCCACCCGUUUGGCGAGCGCCAAGACCAAGCGCCGCAGGAUCGUGGUGGAGUCGGACAGCGAGGCCAGCAGCUCGGAGGACGAGUUCAAGCCCGAUCAGCAGGAGGGCAGCAGCGAGGAGAGCAGCAGCGGGGCGGACGAGGGGCCGAUCAGCGAGCCCGAGUCCGAGCCCGACCAGGACAGCCCCGUCAAGGCUCCUUUCAAGCGCAAGCGCGGCUCCCCCGGCCCUCGGAGCGUGGGGCGGCAAGCGCCGUGCGCCCUCUCGGAGACCCCAAAGAGAGCGCCGGCCGUGGGCGCCAAGUCCAGGCUGUCCGGCUUCUCGGCCCCGGAAUCAUUCGACAGCCAGAGCAACGGAGGAGGAGCAGGAGGAGGACCAGCGAGCACCGGCCAAGCCGAGAAAUGGGACCACGAGAAGCUGGAGUGGCUGAAACCCGGGAAGAGAAGGGACGCCGAGAGGCGGAAGGAGGCCGACCCCGACUACGACCCCACCACCCUGCACGUGCCUGACGACUUCCUGUCCAGGUGCACGCCCGGCAUGCGGCGGUGGUGGGAGCUGAAGGCCCAGAUGUUGGACGCCGUCCUCUUCUACAAGGUGGGCAAGUUCUACGAACUGUACCACAUGGACGCCGUGACCGGGGUGAGCGAACUGGGCCUGGUCUUCAUGAGGGGCUCCUGGGCGCACUCGGGCUUCCCCGAGAUCGCUUUCGGCCGCUUCUCCGAGGCCCUGGUCCAGCGGGGGUUCAAGGCGGCCCGGGUGGAGCAGACCGAGACGCCCGAGAUGAUGGAGGUCCGGUGCAAGGCCACGGUCCGGCCCACCAAGUUCGACAGGGUGGUGCGGCGCGAGGUGUGCCGGGUCAUCACCAAGGGCACCCGCACCUACGGGGUGCUGGACGGGGAGCCGGCCGACGGCCGCAGCCACUACCUCAUGUGUGUGAAGGAGAAGGCCGACGAGGGGGCCCCGGGCUGCCCCCGGGCCUACGGGGUCUGCUUCGUGGACGCCUCUCUCGGGCGGUUCCACCUGGGCCAAUUCCGGGAUGACCGCCACUGCUCGCGCCUCCGCACCCUGCUGGCCCAGCGCUGCCCGGCCCAGGUCCUAUACGAGAGGGGCAACCUGUCGGCCGAGGCCGGGAAGAUCCUCAAGGGGGCCCUGACCCGGGCCCUGCAGGAAGGCCUGCAGCCCGGCAGCCAGUUCUGGGACGGGCCGAAGACCCUGAGGGCCCUGGCGGAGGAGGACUACUUCGGGGCGGGCAACGGGCCCGAGGCCCUGCCCCACGUCAUCAGGGGGAUGGUAUCCCCGACAGACGCGCUGGGCCUCACGCCCGGGGAGGGCUACGAGCUGGCCCUGUCGGCUCUCGGGGCUUGCGUCUUCUACCUGAAGCGGUGCCUCGUGGACCGCGAGUUGCUGUCGAUGGGGAACUUCGAGGAGUACGUGCCCGUGGACGCGGAGGGGGAGCGAGCGGGAGCUGCCCGGGGCGGUGGCGGGGGGCCGGCCCCCCUGACCCGGCGCCACAUGGUGCUGGACGGCGUGGCUCUGGGCAACUUGGAGCUCCUGCGCAACAGCAGCACCGGCUCGGCCGAGGGCAGUCUGCUGGAGCGGCUGGACCGCUGCCACACGCCGUUCGGCAAGCGGCUGCUCAGGCAGUGGCUGUGCGUCCCCCUGGCCGACCCGGCCGCCAUCGCGGACCGGCUGGACGCCGUGGAGGACCUGAUGGCGGCCCCCGGGCAGGUGACGGAGGUGGGCGAGGCCCUGCGGCGGGUGCCCGACCUGGAGAGGCUCCUGAGCCGGAUCCAUGGCAUCGGGACCCCACCCAGCAAAGACCACCCGGACAGCCGGGCCGUGCUGUACGAGGAGACCACCUACAGCAAGAGGAAGAUCGCCGACUUCCUCUGGACCCUCGACGGCUUCAAGGUUUUCCAGAAGAUCCUCGGGGUCCUGGGGCCGGCCGUCGGGGACUUCAAGUCCAAGCUCCUGAAGCGGGCGCUGAGCCUGCAGGGCGACCCCCCCGGCGACGGCCUCUUCCCCGACCUGUCAGCCGAGCUGAAGAGGUGGGACGAGGCCUUUGACCACCAGAAGGCCAAAUACAGCGGUGUGAUCACUCCCCGGGGGGGCUUCGACCCCGAGUACGACCAGGCCCUGGCCGACAUGAAGGAGACCGAGCGCCGGCUCCAGGACUACCUGGACAAGCAGCGCAAGCGGCUCGGCUGCAAGACUGUGGCCUUUUGGGGCACGGCCAAGAACCGCUACCAGCUGGAGAUCCCCGAGAGCGUGGCCGACCGGCACGUGCCAGAGGAGUACGAGCUGAAGUCCACCAAGAAGGGCUACAAGCGCUACUGGACCAAGGAGAUCGAGGGGAUGCUGGAGGCCAUGCUGAAUGCCGAGGAGCGGCGCGCGUCCGCCCUGCAGGACUGCAUGAGGAGACUCUUCUAUAACUUCGAUAAGAACUACAAAAACUGGCAGACCGCGGUGGAAUGCAUCGCCGUUCUCGGUGAGCGCGUCGUUGAUUCUGGUUCGGUGCAGUUUUCUGCAGAGGGCGCUGCGACACAGUGA